UAUUGGCUCACGAUCAUGACCAUGCCAGAUCCCGUUCCGCCGUACCACAUUCCGUUAAAUUUGAAGAGGAACGUCAAACCGAAUAUUGGGUAAAUAAGGGCCAGAAUAUUUUGGCCCAAAAAUUGGCUCAACAUGAAAAGUUGAAUACGAAUAAGGCCAAGAAUAUUAUCAUGUUUUUGGGUGAUGGUAUGUCCGUGCACACUGUGACAGCCACACGUAACUUUAUGGGUGAUAGUUCGGAACAGGUGUACUUUGAGACCUUCCCCUAUUUUGGUCUAUCAAAAACCUAUUGUGUUGAUCGCCAGGUGGCCGAUUCGGCUUGUACCGCCACUGCCUAUUUGGGUGGUGUCAAGGGUAACUACGGCACCAUUGGUGUCAAUGCCAAUGUCCCCCGUUAUGAUUGCUUGGCUGGACAAAAUCCCGCCUUUUGGGUGGAGAGCAUUGCCAAAUGGGCUCAGGAUGCUGGCAAAGAUACUGGUUUGGUGACAACCGCCCGUGUUACCCAUGCCUCUCCGGCUGGUGUUUAUGCUCAUAUCGCUCAACGUGGUUGGGAAAAUGAUGCCGAGAUAGAAGAUGCCGGUUGCAGUUCCAUUGAUAAUGUCGAUAUUGCCCGUCAAUUGGUCGAAUGGGAUGUGGGCCGUAAACUCAAGGUUAUUAUGGGUGGUGGUCGUCGCAAUUUCCUCAACUCAACUGUCAACGAUGAGGAGGGUAUCCCUGGUAUGCGUCGUGAUGGUCGUAAUCUAAUCAAAGAUUGGUUGGACGAUAAGAAACGCCUCAAUGCCAAUGCCUCUUAUGUUUGGUCCCGCAAAGGUCUCAACUCUGUGGAUUUGGAUAAGACCGAAUAUCUCUUGGGUUUGUUUAGCUCUUCGCAUUGUCCCUAUCAUGGUGAUUUGGAACGUAGCCGUUUGACUAUGGCCGAUCCUUCGUUAAGUGAAAUGACCGAAGCGGCCUUGAAAAUUUUGAAAAAGAACGACAAUGGUUUCUUCCUGUUUGUGGAGGGUGCACGCAUUGACAUGGCCCAUCAUGAUACCAGGGCUCGUAAGUCCCUCGAAGAUACCGAUGAAAUGGCUAAGGCUGUUGGCAUUGCCAGGGAAAUGUUCUCGGAAGAUGACACCUUGAUUGUCGUGACCUCAGAUCAUUCACACACCAUGACCAUUAAUGGAUAUCCGUACCGUGACCAAGAAAUCACUGGCCUGGCUCCGGACAUGGCCGAUGACAACUUGCCCUAUACAAUUUUGUCAUAUGCCAAUGGUCCUGGUUACUACUCCACCUAUGGCUCGACGGGUCGUAAACUCAUCACAGAAAAGAAUGUCGCAAAUGCCAAAUAUGAAUAUAUGGCCACAGUACCAUUGGAUUCGGAAACCCAUGGUGGUGAUGAUGUUGGUGUCUUUGCCUCCGGACCCUAUGCUCACUAUUUCAGUGGCAAUUAUGAGCAAACAAAUAUUCCAGCCAUGAUGGCAAAGGCUGCCAAUAUUGGUCCCUUUGCUUCAGUGGGUGUCUAA